AUGAAACUCACGCUACUGGUGACUUGUGCAGUGUUGGGAGUUGUUCUGGGAAAACCGGCUGAAAAUCAGCAACAUGAACAGUCGGUCCAGGAUCAGCCUCCUGCUCAAGAUAGAGUAUUCGAUUUGAGUCGGAAAUCGAGGCAGCUUUUCGGCACAGGAUAUUCCUAUGGAGGAGGAUUGUCUCAAGGAGCAUAUGGUGGCGUCUCGGGUUAUUCGGGAUACUCCGGCAUUCCAACCACCGGGCUAGGCUUCAACAAUGGACAGUACAGCACAGCUUUAUAUGGCGGAGGUCCAUACGGAGGCGGUUCGUACGGCAGUGGUGUUUACGGUGGUGGUGGGGGAUUGUACGGCGGCGGCCUGUAUGGUGGCAGUCAAUAUGGAGGCAGCCAGUAUGGUGGAUUGAAUGGUGGCGGUUUGUACGGUGGCAGUGGACUAGGAUUAAAUGGUGGAUACGGCGGAUACAACCAGUUUGCCAACGACCCCUACAGCUCUUUCGGUUCGAGAGGAUUCAUUCCGUCCAUCCCCUUUAGACGUGGGUACUGAUUGGAGU